UUUAUUUAUAUACUACUCUAAAUUAAAAUUAAUAUAUUAUGAAAUCCAAUAACUUACAUAAGCCACAAAUAAGUCUUUAAGUAUGACUACCGAAUUAAAUUUUGUGCAUAAAUUUUAUUCCGUUAAGAUCGAUAUAUCCGGUUUUAGAUCGAAUACCUUUGAUCAAAUACCACGAUGGUUUUUUUUAAUAAUAAAGUCUAUCGUAGUGUUGUUACCUUUCGUAAACUGGAUUUCCUUGAGACUUUCUACAGGUAUUGUAACAUAUCUUAUACAUAUAUAAAUCUUUGUAUCAAUAAUUAUUUCCCAAAUAAAUAUAACGAUUUUCGUUUUGGAAAAUCAUGAAUCGUAUCUAGUUCUCUUAUGCAAUAAUAAAAAUUAUAGUUGCACAUUACUAUAUUAAAAUUAUUAAUAAAUAUUGUGCUUCUGAUAGAUUAUACACAAUAUGCUUCAAAAAUUUUCAUUGCCUUGUAUAUUGUUAUCUUAUUUAUUUACAGAAAUACACACAUUACUUCUUUUGAAACAGUAUUUUAAAAAGAUCAUGUUAUUCGUAUCAUUCAUAAUUUAUCAGUAUCAACGAUAUGAAAAUUUGCAUCUGUAAAUGAAUAAUCUAACAAUGAUCAGUUAUCAGUUAUACCACGGUACAUAAUCAUUUGUAUAGUACUUUUGUAUUGCAACUCGACUUGGAAAUACGUGCAAUAUGACUCAUUAUAGUUCAUAAUUCAUGAAGUUUUUUGUUCUUCUAUUUUUCGCGAUGUUGAGGAUAUUACGAGAUAAAUUGCUCGGAGGACACAAUUAUAUUAUAUAAUUGCAGUAAUCAUCGUGUAAUGAACUCUAGUAUUCAAAUAGGAUUCUAAUGUAAUGCAAUGGGUAUAAUUGAUUUCUUUUCAUCACUUUUAUAUUUACAUUUGUAUAUAUAUUUUUCGUUAUAAAUCCUUAAAACUUUCUUUAAAAUUUGUUCUUGUCUGUUUUUUGCUGUGUAUCGAAAUUACCUGAAUUUAAUGCAAAAUCAAAUUAAGUAACUAUAAAGAUGUGUAUUGCGAAAUAACAAAUUAAACUUCAUGUAAUUUAUAAUAAAAUACGUAACAAACUUGAAACAAAAAUUCCAUUCCUUUCAUUCGUCUAUAUUUCAAUUGUACAAUAAGUAGCUUAACAAAUCAACUAAUCUGAAGAGCAAUCAGAUCUGAUGUAUAGCAAAAACUAUGGCGAACGUAAUACGAGAUUAAUGUAAACGUGUAAAUGUAUGCAAAAGCAGGCGUUCUCAAUAGGUUUGACUACUUACAAUUAGUUCCAAUUUCACAAGAGGAAUAUCCUGUAAAUCGAAUCUAUGAUCCAGUAUGCGCGAUCCAAUAUGCAACUACUAUGUGAUCCACAACCGCAGCAUUUCUAAACUUACAGCUCUUUACUUUCACUUGAUCCAGAAGUUAACAAGUGUGAAUUCUUGUCACUUUCAGUUUGAUAGAUAUUAUAAUACCGAUGGAAGAUAUGUAAUAAGAUGUAUAGUAAGAGGGAGGUAGUGAAUUUAAUACUUGAAUUACACAUAUGCCUUAUUCAAAAAUUAAUAGAUUCAAUCGAAUUCGUUCGAACUAAGGUUGAAAGAAAUACACGAAAAAAAAGAAGUUUAUCGAACAAGUGAUCACGAAGCUGUCCGAUAAAUGGCAAAAAAUCCUCAAAAGCAACGGUACGUGUUAUUUAAUGAACAACACUGAUUCCACAAAAAUACAUCGCUCUUAAAUUUUUCUUAAAUUUUUUUAAGCACUUUCUGAAUGACGCAACAAAAAUUUAUUAGACAAACGAAUCAAAUAGAAGAUAUCUAUAUUUGGCGUUACGAACGAUUAAACUUUCGAAUAAUAGGUAAAUUAUCUUUUUGCGUGCACGUCCAAUUGUUCCUUCUUUAUCGAAUUUUAUCUGAACGCAUAUGCAGCAUUCCGCAAAACUUUGAAGCAGAACGUACAAAAUGAAAGUGACGCGACAUACGAUCAAUAAUCUCCAAACGUUCAGUUGAAAGAGUAGUCCUAUCGUUCGGAUCAUGAUAAUCAUUUCAGACACGAUCGCGAGCACACCUCAUUGACACCGCUGGGAUUAAAAGUCUUACCGUUUAUGGAUAACUCGCGUAUUUUAGUGCAAACGCGAAGAAAUCUGUUGUGUGUGGAUAACGAGUAUAUUUAGAUAUAGCGUAAAAAUUAGUAAAUUAAAUUAACAUGAUCGAACUUAGAUCAAGAUACUAAAAUCACAGUGACACUAAAGUAUGUUAUAGUCGAUUCUAAAAAUAUAUUAAUCGUAAUAAAAACAAAACGAAUUCCAUUGAUCACCUUUAAGUUUCUUAGAAAAUCGCAAUAUGUGUCGAACACAGUUACUAUAAAUAUCAUCUGGAACAAUUCUCAAGCUAUUCUUUGUUAUCGACAGAUCUCGAUGGAUCUGUUUUUGUUAAAUAACAGAACAGGAAGUGGCUUCAGUUGAAUUGUGAAUACGCAGGAAACGAUGGAGAGAAAGAAAUCCUCGGUUGAGUCUGUCAAGGAUACAGAAUACGGAACCGUCAAAUACGAAGAUGAACUCAUACCAUCCUGGAAGUUUUGGAAAAAAAGACGAUAUGUAGUCGGAGUAUUAGCAUUUUUUGGAUUUUUUACGUCCUACAUCCUUCGUGUAAAUUUAAGCGUAGCCAUUGUCGCAAUGACCGCGAAGGUUCACAAAAUCGAUAAAAAUGGAACCGAAUAUUUUGAACAAGAAUUCGACUGGGAUUCGAAAACACAAGGAUUGGUUUUAAGUUCCUUUUUCUACGGAUACAUAAGUACUCAAUUACUGGGAGGAUGGCUUGGCGCACGUAUUGGCGGAAAAAGAGUUUUCGGUCUUGGAAUCGCCACUACAGCUUUUCUUACAAUUAUCACACCACCCCUAGCCAGAAUGAGCGUUUACAUUUUGGUUGCUUUGCGAAUAGUGGAAGGAAUUUGCGAGGGUGUAACAUAUCCUUGCAUACAUGCAAUAUGGGCACAGUGGGCACCUCCAUUGGAAAGAUCAAAAUUAGCGACUCUAGCAUUCUCCGGAAGUUUCUUUGGAACUGUAUUUGCUAUGCCGGUUGCCGGUUUAAUGGCUGAAUAUCUUGGCUGGGCUUCUGUUUUUUACGUUUUUGGAGCAGCUGGUCUUGUUUGGUUUUUUUACUGGUGGAUAAUCGUGAAGGAUAAACCGGAGGACGAUACAUCUAUUUCUGAAGCUGAACUUGAAUAUAUUAAAAGUAGCCUUGGAAAUGCGAAUAAAGAAGAGAAAAUUACACAUCCAUGGAAAGCUAUGCUCACAUCUCCACCAGUUUGGGCAAUUGUUGCAGCUCAUUUUAGCGAAAAUUGGGGUUUUUACACCAUGCUUACUCAGUUACCGACAUUUAUGAAUGAUGUACUGGAUUUCAAAUUGGAUAAAACUGGAUAUUUAUCUGCACUACCGUAUCUAGCUAUGACUCUCGUUGUUCAAUUUUCUGGACACUUAGCAGAUUAUCUGAGAACAGAGAAAAUCCUGUCGACUACGCAGGUGCGUAAGUUAUUUAAUUGCGGAGCUUUUGUAUUUCAAACGAUAUUCAUGACUUGUACAGGUUUUAUCUUAACGCCAACGGGGGUGGUUAUUUGUAUCACUAUAGCAGUUGGCCUUGGUGGCUUUGCUUGGUCCGGUUUUGGUGUAAAUCAUUUGGAUAUUGCUCCUAAGCAUGCCAGUGUGCUUAUGGGAAUAGGAAAUACUGUUGCUACCUUACCUGGAGUUGUGAGUCCUAUUAUUACUGGAUAUAUUGUCCAAAAUAAAAGUGCUGCAGAAUGGAGGAUAGUUUUCAUUAUUGCUGGUGCAGUUUAUUUGAUAGGAGCUGUGAUAUAUGGUUUAUACGCAUCUGGUGAAAAACAAAGUUGGGCAGAAAGAAGUAAUGAAGAAUCAAAGAAAUCUUAUGAUAAUCCAGCAAUGGAAAUAGAUAAUUUGUAGUAUGAAACAUUAAAUUUACUGACAGUUACAUCAGUAUUUAUAAUAUAUGUAUAUAAUAUACAUGAAUGUUUGGCUCGAAGCUAAAGUAGUUGUGAUUAUUUUUAUUGAAUAUACAUUAAUAUAAUAGA